CACGCAGGUUCUACGCCUGCUGGUUCGUACUCCCUACUACAGCCCCACUGCUGCUGCUGCUGCACGGGGGCUCACAACAAGUUUGUUACGGUGAGUCCUCGGGAACCCCCUCGCACCUUCAGGAGCUCAUCAUGAGUUCCAUAGAGUCAGCUGCUCUGGAGAAUGAGGAAGAGGAGGAAGAUGAGGAAGAUGAAAGCCACAACCCGUUUGAAGUGAAGAUGAGUCAGAUCGUGAUGCCGUGUCACAGCAACCACCGUCAGGAGCUUAGCGUGGGACAGCUGCUUAAGUGGAUGGACUCCACUGCCUGCCUCUCUGCGGAGAGGCAUGCUGGCUGUCCCUGUGUCACAGCCUCCAUGGAUGACAUCCACUUCGAGCACACCAUUAGUGUGGGUCAGGUGGUGAGCAUCAGAGCAAAGGUCAACAGGGCCUUCAACACCAGCAUGGAGGUUGGGAUCCAGGUGAGAUGUGAGGACCUAUUCUUGGACCGGCACUGGAGGGUCUGCAACGCCUUUGCUACCUUUGUAACACAGCGGUCUAACACUGGGACAAAGGUCAUCCUGAAACCCAUCACACCAGUCACUCAGAAGGAGCAGGUGGAGUACAGUGUUGCAGCAGAGAGGCGCAGGGUCAGGAUGGUACAUGAUGACAUCAUCAGAGAUUUGCUGUGUCAUGGUUCUGUCCUGCAGGCUGAGAGCUUGGCAGGCAGUCAUGCUGUCCCCGCAGAGAAGACAAAGGUGGAGAGUGUUGAACUGGUUCUUCCUCCGCACACAAACCAUCAGGUGAACACAUUUGGAGGACAGAUCAUGGCCUGGAUGGUGAACGUAGCGACAAUAGCUGCCAGCCGUCUGUGCCGUGCUCACCCCACCCUGCGCACCAUCGACAUGUUCACCUUCAGAGGCCCGUCACAGAUAGGAGACCGACUGCUUCUCAAAGCCAUCGUCAACAACGCCUUCAAAACCAGCAUGGAGGUUGGUGUGCGAGCAGAGGCCUACCAGGAGGAGGGGCCCAACCGACACAUUAAUUCAGCUUUCAUGACGUUUGAGGUGCUGGACCAGCAGGGGAAGCCGUGUUUGUUACCAAGGAUACGCCCUGAACCUGUGGAGGGGGAAAGAAGGUUCCAGGAAGCCAUAGCACGCAAGAAAAUCAGACUGGACAGGAAAUACAUCAUUUCAAGAAAGCAGGGCGAGGUUCCUUUAUCUGUACCAUGGGAUCCUCGGAACCAGGUGUAUCUGAGCUACAACAAUGUCUCUGCUCUGAAAAUGCUUGCUGCUAGGAACAACUGGCGUCUGAACUCUGAGAAAGACAAGGUGCGUCUCUACACACUGGAGCACAAGUCUGCCUUGAGCGUGAGGGUGGAGGCGGAGGUGGACGUACCGGCUCGCAGAGCCUUCAAACUGCUGGCUGAGCUGAGAAACAGACCAAGCUGGGACUCCAACUACAAGGAAUGUGAGCUGAUUCGCCAGGUGGAUGAUGAUGACUUCCUGUACCGGGUGGUGACGCCGUCAGUGACUUGCAAUGGCUCCGCCUCUCCCACCAAACAGGGGCCUGGAAUCCUCCAGGACUUUAUCCUUUUGGCUUCCACAAGAAGACCCUGCGCGAGUGGAGAUCCAUACGUCAUCGCGCUGCGCUCUGUGUCCCUGCCCACUUAUCCUCCCGCCGAGGGCUGCAACAGAGGGGAGGUCCUAUGUGCUGGAUUCACCAUAUUGGAGACCAGCAACAACAAGUCCAUGAUCAGCUACUACAACCAGGCGUCUCCAGAAGUCCUCCCCUACCUCUCCACAGACAUCGCUGGCCUCUCCUCUUCAUUCUACAACAACUUCUGCUCCUGUAGCGAGUACCUGACCAAGAACCGUCAGACGUCCUGUGACGAGGAAGAAGGCCAGCGCCGAGUCACCGAUCCAGACCGUUAUAAACGCAAUGAGGGAGCAGAUGAACUGCCUAUUGUCCUGAGCAGCACUGAGCUGUAGACGAUGCACAGGCUUCACACUACCGAUCAAAACGCUACAUGACGAUAAGUCAGGUCGAUUGUUUACAUCACAGAUAUGGUACGUUCUGCAUAACAAUUUUCCAGCCUGAAAUUAUGUUAUUAUGUCCAUCGAAUGAUUUUAUUUUUAUUUCACAGU